UGUUAAUUAAUCAUUCAACGUUUAUCUAUAUCAUUUUCGUUCUUCUUCUUCCUUCUUCUCUCCAGUGUUCUAUUCAACGAUGGAUUAUUCUUCAUUAACUUCUCACUUUAAUCAAUUUCGAACAACAGCGAAUUCGUUUCUCUCACAAUACGAACCCCUCACUUUACUUCUUGCACCUCUCAUAUCUCUCUUUCUCGCCAACGCAAUUCGCUCCUUUUUCAACCACCUUCACGAAAAUGGACUCAAAGCCACUUUCCUAGGGUUCUUCAUGAACUUCAUCAAAUUAAUCCCUGGUGUGAAGAGUUAUAUAGAUGCUGAAAAACAGAAGGUUGUGGAUAAGAUGCAGUCUGAUGGUAAAUCUAAAAGAGAAGGUUGGAAUACAGAGUUGCCAAACGCAGGGUUGGGGACAUCUGCCCUUGAGAAAAUGAGAGAGGAGAAAAGAAAUGACGCAGUUUGGCAAGGCAAAUGCUCGGGUACAGUCUACAUUGGAGGAAGUGAAUCUGGUGAACAUUUUUCUUUGAUUAAUGAGGCAUGCUCAAUGUUUGCACAUACCAAUCCCUUGCAUUUGGAUGUAUUCCGGAGUGUUGUACGCUUUGAGGGAGAAGUGGUUGCAAUGACAGCGGCACUUCUUGGAAGUAAAGAAAAGACAUCUGGAGGACAAAUAUGUGGCAACAUGACAUCAGGAGGGACUGAAAGUAUAUUAUUAGCUGUUAAAUCAUCUCGCGACUAUAUGAAAUCCAAGAAAGGAAUUACAAGACCCGAAAUGAUAAUUCCUGAAUCUGGUCAUUCAGCAUAUGACAAAGCUGCACAGUAUUUUAACAUCAAACUAUGGCGUGUUCCAGUUAACAAGAAUUUUCAAGCAGAUGUGAAAGCAAUUAGACGUCAUAUUAACAAAAAUACCGUUUUGAUUGUUGGAUCUUCUCCUGGGUUUCCUCAUGGGAUAAUAGACCCCAUCGAAGAACUUGGUAAUCUAGCAUCAAGCUUUGGCAUUUGUUUUCAUGUGGACCUUUGCCUUGGUGGCUUUGUUUUACCUUUUGCUCGUGAGCUUGGGUACGACAUUCCACCUUAUGAUUUUUCUGUUAAAGGGGUAACAUCAAUAUCAGUGGAUGUGCAUAAAUAUGGGUUAGCUCCCAAAGGAACAAGUAUAGUUCUAUAUAGGAACCAUGAAAUCAGAAAGCAUCAAUUUGUUGCCGUUACCGAGUGGUCUGGUGGAUUGUAUGUAUCUCCAACCAUAGCUGGAAGCAGACCUGGAUCCCUUAUUGCUGGUGCAUGGGCAGCAAUGAUGUCUCUAGGGAAAGCAGGUUACUUGGAAAAUACAAAAGCAAUUAUGGAAGGAUCAAAAAGACUACAAAAAGGCAUUGAGGAGAUUGCUGAGUUGUUUAUCAUUGGAAAACCCGAUAUGACAAUAGUGGCUUUUGGAUCCGAUGUUCUGGAUAUAUUUGAAGUGAACGAUAUCAUGUCAUCCAAAGGGUGGCAUUUGAAUGCAUUGCAGAGACCCAACAGCAUCCAUAUCUGUGUGACACUGCAGCAUGUACCAGUUGUUGAAGACUUCCUAAGGGAUUUGAAGGAAUCUGUGAAAACUGUGAAAGAAAAUCCAGGUCCAAUAAGUGGAGGACUAGCACCUAUAUAUGGGGCCGCCGGUAAGAUGCCAGAUAGAGGCAUGGUCCAGGAAUUGCUGGUCGAUUUUAUGGAUGGCAGUUACUAGUGGCGUUCAUAAAACGAACAAGUUCUAUAGGGUCACAAGAUAAGUGUACAGGGUUUAGACACACAUAAAAGACAUUUUUUUCUUUCUAAUAAUAUUAAAAAUAAUUAAUUUUAAUUUAAAGUUAUUUCUUUUGCAUGUGUGUUUAAACACUCUGUGACUGUGACUGUACAACAAUAGUUGUCACAAAAUUGUGACAUUUGUAAUUUAUUUUUCUGGGGAACAUGUACUAUAGCAGACCCCUACUAAAUAAUGAUAUUUGAUUUUACAGUACAUUGUUUCAUACUGAGAACUGAAAGAACCAUGAUUGCUUUAAAUUAAUUAGAUGAAAAAUAAAUUCCCUCU